AUGGCAAAAGAAAGUCGACAGUUUGCUUGUCAGGAAUGUGGUCACUCCUCUAUCAGAUGGCUUGGUCGCUGUCCGGAGUGUGAUAAGUGGAACACUUUCGUUGAGGAGAUCGAGGUAGCAGCUUCUAUGCAUCCCCGACUCGCAGCGCAGCCUGCGAGCGAUCCUGCGCCUAUUACGCGGAUUAGUGCAAGUGAAUCAGACCGGCAACUCACAGGGAUUGAUGAAUUUGACCGAGUCCUUGGUGGCGGGAUUGUGCCGGGGUCUGUGGUGCUGAUCGGUGGCGAUCCGGGAAUUGGUAAAUCGACGAUACUGUUACAGGUGAGCGAUGCGUUGAGCCGUGCUUAUGGGGGAGUGCUGUAUGUGUCAGGCGAGGAGUCAGUUGCCCAAACAAAGCUGCGGGCAAACCGGCUCGGCGUCACCUCUGAUCUGCUGUACGUUCUGUGCGAAAAUAACUUGGAGCAGAUCGAAUCACAUAUCACACAGCUCAAUCCCCGUAUGGUCGUUAUAGAUUCGAUUCAAGCAGUCUACCUCCCCGGAUUACAAUCUGCCCCGGGCAGCGUAGCACAGGUUCGUGAGAGCGCAGCGCAAUUAUCGGUUAUCGCAAAAAGUAAAAAUAUCCCAAUCAUCCUCGUUGGACACGUAACUAAAGAGGGUUCUCUGGCAGGUCCCCGUGUUUUAGAACACAUGGUUGAUACAGUUCUCUAUUUUGAGGGUGAGAAGCAGCAUAUCUACCGCAUUCUGCGUUCUGUGAAGAACCGAUUUGGUUCGACCAACGAAAUCGGGAUCUUCGAGAUGUUAGGUCGUGGCCUUGUCGAGGUUAAGAAUCCAUCAGAGUUGUUUAUCAGUGAACGACAGGAGAAUACCUCUGGAUCAGUGGUGGUAUCGAGCAUUGAGGGCACCCGUCCGUUACUGCUGGAAUUCCAAGCCUUGGUUUCUCCUGCAAACUUUGGUUUUCCCCGCAACACGGCAGCAGGGGUAGAUCGCCAGCGUAUUGCGCUGUUGAUAGCAGUCCUACAGAAACGGAUUGGGCUUGACAUUGGUGAUUCGGAUGUAUUUGUCAAUAUUACAGGCGGGAUGCGCGUUGAUGAGCCGGGUAUUGACUUAGGUGCCGCCAUCGCGAUAACGUCGAGUCACCGAGAUAUAGCAAUUGAUCCACGGACUGUUGUCAUUGGCGAGGUCGGUCUAGGUGGAGAAGUUCGUGCCGUUGCGCAUAUUGAGAAACGGCUACUAGAAACCGCAAAGUUAGGUUUUAAUCGCGCGGUUUUCCCCGAGUCCAAUCGUAAAGGUUUAGAGUUGAAGGAAGAUAUUGAGUUGGUUGGUGUCAAAGAUCUUUACGGUGCACUAAGUGCACUAUUAUAA